CGCGCUCUGGGUUCCGGUGUGGUCUAACUCCUGGUGCAGAAGCAUGGCGUCCGUGGGGACCCUCGCCUUCGAUGAAUAUGGGCGGCCUUUCCUCAUCAUCAAGGAUCAGGACCGCAAGUCCCGUCUCAUGGGCCUCGAGGCCCUCAAGUCUCACAUCAUGGCAGCAAAGGCUGUAGCCAACACAAUGAGAACAUCGCUUGGACCAAAUGGCCUCGACAAGAUGAUGGUGGAUAAGGACGGUGAUGUCACCGUGACCAACGACGGGGCCACCAUUCUGAGCAUGAUGGACGUGGACCACCAGAUCGCCAAGCUCAUGGUCGAGCUCUCCAAGUCCCAGGAUGACGAGAUCGGGGACGGCACCACAGGGGUGGUCGUGCUGGCUGGUGCCUUGUUGGAGGAAGCCGAGCAGCUGCUGGACCGAGGCAUCCACCCGAUCCGGAUAGCCGACGGCUACGAGCAGGCUGCCCGCAUCGCCAUCGAGCACCUGGACAAGAUCAGCGACAGCGUCCUCGUGGACAUGAAGGACACCGAGCCCCUCAUUCAGACUGCCAAGACCACCCUGGGCUCCAAAGUGGUCAACAGCUGUCACCGGCAGAUGGCCGAGAUCGCCGUGAAUGCUGUGCUCACGGUGGCGGACAUGGAGCGCAGGGAUGUGGAUUUUGAGCUCAUCAAAGUGGAAGGAAAAGUGGGCGGGCGGCUGGAGGACACUCAGCUCAUCAAGGGCGUGAUUGUGGACAAGGAUUUCAGUCACCCGCAGAUGCCGAAGAAAGUGGAGGACGCCAAGAUUGCAAUUCUCACAUGUCCCUUCGAACCACCUAAGCCGAAGACCAAGCACAAGCUGGACGUGACCUCUGUGGAAGACUACAGGGCUCUCCAGAAGUACGAAAAGGACAAGUUUGAGGAGAUGAUUCAGCAGAUUAAGGACACUGGUGCUAACCUAGCCAUCUGCCAGUGGGGCUUUGACGAUGAAGCCAACCACUUGCUUCUUCAGAACAGCUUGCCUGCAGUUCGUUGGGUCGGCGGGCCGGAGAUUGAGCUGAUCGCCAUCGCCACCGGGGGGCGCAUCGUCCCACGCUUCUCGGAACUCACGCCAGAGAAGUUGGGCUUUGCUGGGCUUGUCCGCGAGAUCUCCUUUGGGACGACCAAAGAUAAAAUGCUGGUGAUUGAGCAGUGCAAGAACUCCAGGGCAGUGACCAUUUUCAUUCGAGGAGGGAAUAAAAUGAUCAUCGAGGAAGCGAAGCGAUCCCUUCAUGACGCCCUGUGUGUCAUCCGGAACCUCAUCCGAGACAACCGUGUGGUGUACGGGGGAGGAGCUGCCGAGAUCUCAUGCGCUCUGGCGGUGAGCCGGGAGGCAGACAAGUGUCCGACCCUGGAGCAGUAUGCCAUGCGGGCCUUCGCCGACGCCCUGGAGGUCAUCCCCAUGGCGCUUGCCGAGAACAGCGGCAUGAACCCCAUCCAGACCAUGUCCGAGGUGCGAGCCCGACAAGUGAAGGAGAUGAACCCCGCUCUUGGGAUCGACUGCCUGCACAGGGGCACCAAUGAUAUGAAGCAACAACAUGUCAUAGAAACUUUGAUUGGCAAAAAGCAACAGAUCUCCCUGGCAACCCAGAUGGUGAGAAUGAUUUUGAAGAUUGAUGACAUCCGUAAGCCUGGAGAAUCUGAAGAAUAAAGCUGAGAGUCUGAUGUGUCAGGAAGACCCCCGAGUGAUUGACACAUCUGCUUAUUUAUUGUUAAGUCUUUUCAGGCUCCAGGGCCGUGAUAAAGCAGCUGGUUGGUCAACAUGGUCCCCCUUGGUCACGACUGUAAUUCUAGGAGUACUUGCACAAGCUCUUGUGUUCCUAUUAAAUGCAGACCCUAAAUAG